AUGGGCCCUUGGCAGCGCAAUGCGUGGUGCGUGGCAUGCUUGACUUGUUAUGUAAGUCAAAGACGGGGGAACCUGGAAGACGAGAGGAAGAGGCGGAGGCAGCAGGCCGAAGCAAAGGAGUACGGAGCAGAGGGGCACCUCAGACUUAGAGGAUCCCUCCCACCUGAGUUCCCGGAAAGAAGUCGCCCAGAGUGGCCAAAAGGGCAGCACCAAGCACCAGGAUGCAAUGGCCGCACCAGCGCCGGGCACAGAGAGAGAGGGCACCUCAGACUGCGAGAGACAGCCCAGCGCGGAUCCCACAAGCACCAGCCCACCAUACCCGCUCUCUCUCACCCACUCAACCCACUCACCCACCCACACCAAGGAGGGAUAUACACAAGGCAAUCUAGUAGUUUCGUACAGUACUGCAAUACUUGUAGACCAGGGCCUUGCUCAGGUUGGACUGGCGUGGGAUGUGUGGGCAAUGGUGAAUGGUGCCUUGCUAGGGGGUGCGCCUGCUUCUGUAGCGCCUCGGAGCGAGCAAGAACCAGAAGGACACUUGCGCCAAAGGAGGCCUAG